AUGGAUGCUAAAGCCAGGAACAAGGCAUUGUUUCGUGCUAGAUUGAAUGCCCAGAAGAAGGAAAAGCGCAUAGACUCUCCUCUUGUACGGUAUAAUGAAUCUGACCAGCCCGUAUGCAGGGUUUGUGACAUCGCUCUGAAAUCUGAAUUUCAGUGGGAAGCACAUCAAGCAUCUCGUAAACAUCAUGAGGCAAUAAAUAAUCUCAAAGCUACCGCAGCUGGACUAAACCGAGUCAACAACACAAAAACUGAAGUCCGUCCAGAAUUGUCGAAACCUGAGCCUGAACAUCCUUCGGAGUUGCAUAUCCCAAGACCUGAAUGCUCUACAGAAUUGCCUAGACCUCAAACGUCAUCUGGGCUUCCUCCAGAUUUUUUUGACAACAAUGAGGCACAAAAACGAAAUACUGUGGUGGAGACUGAUUCAUACAAAAAGAUUGAGACGAGAAAAACUGAGCCUGCCAGGGACCUUACACAGACAUCAUCACAGAUUGCCAGUUCAGAAGCUAAGCAAAUAAAGGGAGCUCUUCCUGAGGGCUUCUUUGAUAACAAGGAAGCUGAUUUAUCUGCACGGGGAAUAAAGCUUGUUAAGCCAGAUGUCAAAGAUGAGUACAAAGAAUUUGAAAAGUUGAUCCAAGAGGACUUGAAGGAGGUCGAUAAUAGGUUGGAAGAAGAAGAGAUUGAUGCCGCUGAGAUGAUAGAAGAGGCUGAAUCAGUAGAGCAAAGGACAUAUCGGGAGAAAGUAGGAUUGUUAAGAAAGAAGAAAAUGGAGUUGAAGGCUGCGAGUGCUUCCAAGCGUAGAAGAAUUUCGGAGAAUGUCAAAAAGGAGCCCAGUCAUGAUGAGUCAUCAAGUGAUAGUGACAGUGAUGAGAAUUUUGCAGUGGAUUGGAGAGCUCAACAUCUUUGA